CGGAUCGUCAACAUUUCACUUUUCAUUUGUUUACACUUGAACAACAAAGUAGCGCCGGCGCAGUGGAAAAAAGCUUUGGUGCCGUCAAGCAAAAAGAAGCAGAACACUAAAAACAAAAAAGGCAACAACAAACCGACAAAAAGCUCAAACAGAUGAAUCUAUAAAUGAUGCACUGCAGCCGCAUGAAUGUCAGUACUGAACGAACGAGCUGAGUGAGAAUACAACGAGCUGAAAUACUCUUCCAAUCACAUAUUACAACGUGCAUAACACUUAAUCGAAAGCAAAUCCUAGCGAUUCGAUAAUAAUGCGUCAAUCUAUCAGUGCCUCAUUCUGGCUGCUCACAUUUGUGGCCUUAAAUGGAGUCUGGGCCCAAGUGCCCUUUCCCGGCCGGUGUCCAGAGGUUAAGAUUGUGGACACUUUUGACUUGGAGGCGUAUAUGGGCGUCUGGUAUGAGUAUGCGAAGUAUCCAUUUGCCUUUGAAAUAGGCAAGAAAUGUAUUUACGCGCGCUAUGAAAUCACCGAUAACAGCACAGUAUCUGUACUGAAUGCGGCCAUCAAUAAACUCACCGGAAGUCCAUCGAAUGUGACGGGCACGGCUAAGAUCAUUGCACCCGGGCAAUUGGCCGUGACCUUCUCCAAGAAUCAACAAGCUAAUAGGGCCAACUAUCUGGUACUGGGCACCGAUUACGAAUCGUAUGCAGUUGUCUAUAGCUGUACCAGCCUCACCCCCCUCGCCCAUUUGAAAAUCGUCUGGAUAUUGACACGCGACCGUGAGCCCACAAAGGAGACAAUCGAAACGGCCUAUAAGGUGCUGGAUGACAAUAAGAUAACCCAAUCUGUGCUGAUCAAUACUGUCCAAAAGAACUGUCCCGAACUGGAGAGCAAUGGCACAGCUUCAGCUGAGGAGAACAUAUUUGUCAGCAAUGCAUUGCCGCAGGCAAUUGAGGCAGCAUGAGAUUGGCUCCGGCGCUUCAACGAGCGUCUCUUCGAUAUAUUUAUGAACUUCUUAAAUAACUAAAUGCAACAGUUUAUAGCAGCUAAAUACUUAUAUCCUUAAUAUAUACUCAGAAAGAACUAUAAAUUGAUUUAAAAAAUGCAGAGUAUGUUAGAUAUUAAUGGCAUAAUUGUUUACUAGCAGAGAGUUUCGAAUGUUCAGAUUAUAUUGUAUAUACGUUCUUGUAUAAUAAAUGAAAAAAUACCAAAAACAA